AUGUCUAUUAAAAAAAAUCUUCUGCAACAACUUCAGAGUGUCAAAGAGUAUGAAACCUUCGCGCUAGUGACCGAAUCGACUGGUCCUCCAACAACGCAAAUCUCCUUCCAGCACCCACGUGAAGGUAAUUCACGCUGGUGUGAAGAACAAGCCCACAAGAGUAUUCGGCGAUUCAAAGAGCUGACCAAGCUGUUGAAAAGAUGGCUAAGCAGAGGCGCCAACAGACACGGCCCAAAGUCAAACUGGUUGUGCCAUUUCCUGGAUGAAGACUACACAAAAUCCAACAUCUCUCUUGAAGCGCUUCAGAAAAGAGACCUCCCGAUCACCCAGGCACUGAAUUCCCUCUCUAGCCAACUUGGCUUUGAAAUUUUCUUGGCAGUGCUGGACAAGGAACUGGUUGGCUUAUGUCAAGACCCCAAACCCGUCUCUUGGUAUUACGAUUACAACUUUGACGACGACAUUACUAGAAAAAGGGUGAAUUUUAGGGUAUUGAAGCGUGUUUUCGAAAAAAAUUACCGGAUCGCUAAACUGGUCAGUUUGGAUGGAAAUCUAAUUGCGGAGAAUUUGCGUCUCAAUGAAAGCGUUUUGCUCGAGACAGACGGAUUCAAAGCGGUAAAACCAAAGGUGAAGGGCGAGAAUAAAAUGGAUUCUGACCCAACUGCUUGGCACUUGUUUUCCAGGACUGCUCUGGUGAUUGUUCCGCAACGUUCUCUUCUCGCUCUCUUCCAGCGGGCUCCGGAGCGCGGCUUCAAGAAACACCCCAUCAAGCACCCUCAAUCCGCAGCCGCGUUUCUUGCCAAAGCUUCUUUGCGCCCGCAAGCACCUGCUGUCUAUUCUGAUACUCUGCAAAAGUACUGUCGUGACAGGAGGGGCAUGCAAUACCCCGGAGGCACAGAGAACGGGAUUUCUCUAAGUGAGGAAGAUGAUACAGCUGCUCUCUACGCAGGUUUACGGCUUGGAAACAUCGGAAUGCUUGAUCAAGUUCUGAAGGAACACCGUCGUUUUAGCCAAGUGCCGCGCGGCGUUAUUGAUGGCAUUCUGAAAUGGCUAGACUUCGCUGACAGGGAGUCACGAUCCAGGUUUGACAAGAUCAAAUCCAGACUUGACAUUCUGGUUGAGGGUGGUGCCACCUUGUCACUGAAAGUCCAGACUCUUACCUCUUUCGCUUCACCACAUAUGCAAGAAAACCCUUCCGGAGAUGCUGCUCAUCUCAAUAUCCCUGAAUUCGUGUUAGCCUGGAUUCGGGCUUCCACUGGCUUUCACGAAAAGCACCAGAAGUUCGCAACAGAGCCCGCCGGGAAAUCGAUGCUCGAGUAUUCUCAAAUCGCAGCCAGACUGCUCAUUUCCGAGACCAACUUUGCCCGCCUGGGGAGCUGGAGAGAUUAUUCACCCUUUUCUGGCGGCUAA